AUGGAAAAUCAAGCUUCUAUAGCUUCAUCUUCGGUGUACCCAUUAUACCGUGGCGUCCAUUUUCAACCUCGAAAACCGAUAAUUGGAUUUCUGACGACCCAUGAAGAUUCAAACCGGAUAAUCGUCGGAAAACCGGUUUUCCAAACGGUUCAUGAGCGUUUGUCGCCUCCGUUUACAAGUUUCUCUAGGUUUAAUCUUAAAAAAACCGUUGGUGAAGAACCACAACCGCCAUCGUCUCCAGUUAAUUGUGAUUUAUCGCUAAGAUUGGGUCUUGUUUCCGGUAGCUCCGGAUGUAGAAAAGGUUUGACUUUGGUCAAUGAAGUUGAAUCGGGUCAGAGGAAGGAGUUAUCUUUCUUCCCGUUGAAUUCAAAGGGUGAAGAUGUUGAGAACUCAGUUUCUGCUGCAUUGUUUCCUUGA